AUGUCCUUCCUUAGGUCAUCUCUUUCCGCCCUUUUCCUUUUCGUUGCGGCCACCUGCACAACAGUAUUAUCUGCUUCCCUCACAAUCACCAUUCCUCCUUCGAAUCUGCUACCCAAUCCUAACACCCUCCCAGCUGGGACACAUGCGACAUUGACCUCAUUACCGUCGUUGAAGGAUAGGGAAGACGCCAGCAGUCACGUACCUCAUCCCUUGACAGCCCCGUUGACCCGCUCGGCUUCUUUUGUCUUCCGGAACCUCAAGGCGACGAAACCGGAGUCCUAUCUGCUCGAUAUCCGAUCAGCCGAGUAUGUCUUUGCCCCGUACCGGGUGGAUGUCUCUGCCGAUGGAACUGUUCUGGGCGUGUGGGAGACUUACCGAGGAAACCCAUGGGACAAUCGCGGCCGGGAGAAGUUCGUUGUCGAUGCUGCUGGUGGUAACGGUGCCAAAGCCGCAGAGGUGAUGGUGGAAGCUAAGAUCUUGGCUAGAAGAGGAUUCUAUGAAGAACGAGCUAGAUUGGACCCGGAAAUGCGUGCUGAAUUCGAGAAGCAAUCACGCACCUCCCCGAUCUCUGGUGCUACGCGGAACGCUAUGGCUGGUGGCGGCGGGCCCGGGAACUUCGAUCUCGCCGGCUGGAUGGCCGGUGCCACCCCAAGGCAAGCCACUGGGACAGAUUCUGAGGCCGCCCGGGGAACCGCAACUGGUCGGGAAACUGGAGGUACUACGCGCAGACGAGGUUGA